GGGGCGGCGGCGGGGCCGGGGGCGGCCGGGGCAGAGCGGCGGGGCCCGGGCAGCCCGGGGCAGCGGCCGCCGCCAUGAAGAAGCAGUUCAACCGCAUGAAGCAGCUGGCUAACCAGACCGUGGGCAGGGCUGAGAGAACAGAGGUACUCAGUGAAGACCUGUUGCAGAUCGAGAGGCGCCUGGACGCCGUGAGGUCCGUGUGCCACCUGGCCCAGAAGAGGCUGAUUGCCUGUCUGCAGGGCCAGCAUGGCACUGACCCUGACAAGAGACACAAAAAACUUCCUCUCACAGCUCUGGCUCAAAACAUGCAGGAAGGAUCCAUCCAGCUGAGUGAUGAAACUCUGCUGGGGAAAAUGCUGGAUACCUGUGGGGAUGCAGAGAAUAAACUGGCAAUGGAGCUCUCCCAGCAUGAAGUACAGAUUGAGAGAGAAGUUAUAGACCCACUGUGCCUGCUGACAGAGACAGAGAUCCCAAACAUCCAGAAGCAGAGGAAGCAGCUUGCAAAGCUGGUGCUGGACUGGGAUUCUGCAAGGGGAAGAUACAACCAAGCCCACAAGACUUCAGGAACAAAUUUCCAAGUGCAUCCUUCAAAAAUAGAAUCUCUUAAGGAGGAGAUGGAUGAGGCUGGAAACAAAGUAGAGCAGUGCAAGGACCAGCUGGCUGCAGACAUGUACAGCUUUGUGUCCAAGGAGGGGGAGUACGCCCGCUGCUUUGUCACGUUAUUAGAAGCACAAGCAGAUUACCAUAGAAAAGCAUUAGCAGUCAUAGAAAAGGUCCUACCCGAAAUUCAAGCCCACCAAGACAAAUGGACUGAAAAGCCAGCUUUUGGAACUCCCCUGGAAGAGCACCUCAAGCGCAGCGGGCGGGAAAUCGCGGUGCCCAUCGAAGCCUGCGUCAUGAUGCUGCUGGAGACAGGCAUGAGAGAGGAGGGCUUGUUCAGAAUUGCUGCUGGAGCCUCCAAGUUAAAAAAGCUGAAAGCUGCCCUGGACUGUUCCACUUCCCAGCUGGAUGAGUUUUACUCAGAUCCCCACGCUGUUGCAGGUGCCUUGAAAUCCUAUUUACGGGAGCUGCCAGAGCCUCUCAUGACCUACAGCCUGUAUGAGGAGUGGACACAAGCUGCCAAUAUUCAGGACCAGGAUAAGAAGCUCCAGGAGUUAUGGAGGAUUUGUAACAGAUUACCUGAGCAUUACCGUGUUAACUUCAGGUAUUUAAUCAAAUUUUUAGCCAAGCUUGCCCAGAACAGUGACGUUAACAAAAUGACUCCGAGCAACAUCGCCAUCGUCUUGGGCCCCAACUUGUUGUGGGCAAAGAAUGAAGGAUCCCUUGCUGAGAUGGCAGCAGCCACUUCAGUGCAUGUGGUGGCAGUUAUUGAGCCCAUCAUUCAGCAUGCAGACUGGUUCUUCCCUGGAGAUGAGGAUUUCAAUGUGUCUGGGGCGUUUGUGGCAGUUCCUGCUGUAAAUUCCAAUCACUUGUCACACACUGGGAAUGACUAUGAAUGUGGGACCCUGGAGAGGAAGAGGCCUCUGAGCAUGACUGUGAUGGAAGGGGAUUUGCUGAAGAAGGAAAGCUUUGGUGUGAAGGUGCUGGAGCUGUCUGUGACCCCGCGGCGGGGCGGCACUGUGAGCAGAAAGCUCACCUCGCCCGCCUUCCAGCCGCCGCUGCCGCCCUGCGAGCCCGCGGGGGCUGAGCCCUGCCCGCCCUCGGGGGCUGAGCCCGGCCCCGGGGCUGGCCCCGCUCCCUCUGCUGCCCCAGCAGAGCAGCCCCAGGCUCCAGGCACUGAGGAUGCCAGCACCUCCAAGUCCAAGGAGAGCACGAGUGCAGCCACUCCUCCCCCGGUGAGGAACGGCCAGGCAGGCCCAGCCCCGGGCCCCGCAGCGCCCAGCAGCUCCCAGCUCUCUGUCAGCCAGCCCCAGAACGCUGCUGGUCCCAGUCCCCACGCCCUGAGGAGAGCUGUGAAGAAGCCUGCACCAGCCCCCCCCAAGCCAGCCAACCCUCCCCCGGGGCAGCCAGGCAGCCAAAGCUCUUCCCCAGCUGCUCAGCCACCUUCCGUCUCUCCAAAACCCCCGGCCAGAAGCUCUUCUCCUCCUGCUCAACACGCAAACUCGGGAGCAGCCCAGACCUCCUCCCCCGGCCAGCUUUCCGCACCUCGCAGAUACUCCAGCAGCCUGUCCCCGCUCCAGGCUCCCAGCCACCCACCCCCGCAGCCCCCGGCGCAGGCAACUCCUCCCCUGCAGCCCAAGGGCAGCAGCAGCCAAGCAUCUCCUGGCGAGCAGGGCCCGGAGCAGCCGCAGCCGCAGCAGCAGCAGCAGCAGCAGCAGCAGCAGCCGCAGCCCUGCUCCUCCUCCUCGGUGCCCCUGCCGCAGACCCCCACCCCUCCCGACACGCCCCCGCUGGGCAAGCACCCGGGCGGUGCCCCCGCCGCGCCCCCCGAGCCCUGCCCGGCUCCCUGCGGCCCCCAGGGGGGCACCUUGCCCCGGCCCCGGCCCGUGCCCAAGCCCAGGAACAGACCCAGCGUGCCCCCCCCGCCGCACCCUGCCUCGCAGCCGCCUGCCGACGGGACUGCGAACGCCCCGCCGACGGGCUCGAAAAUCGUCACAGACUCUAAUUCCAGUAUUCCAGAGCCACUUCCCAACCCUCCUCCAGAGCCUCCUGCAGAGCUGGGCAGAGAGCUGCACACCCACCUGCUGCUGGACAUUGACAAUGACACGGAGAGCACCGCGCUGUGACGCCGCCUUCCAGCUCCUCCGGGGGGAAACCCGCAGACCUGACAGGGAAAGGCUUCUUCUGGCAGCGUGCCACAGCUGUGCACAGCUGGCUCUGGGGCCUGGGGCCACGCUGAGCUCCAGGCUGGCCCCGCUUGGAGCAGAGCUCUCAGAAAAUGGAGCCCAGCCUUUGGCCGGGUUUCGCCCUCAGAAGAAGUUUAAUGAUCUGGGUCUGGACAAUGGUUUUCAAACUCUUGGAUGGAAGGAAUGAAUUCCUGCAGGAACUCGCCUAGGAAGCGUGGUCAGUGCUGAUACAGGUGGUAUGAGCAGAAAUUCCAAAAGAAUAAGAAGCAGAACGUUAGUUAUUUAAAGUGCAUGUCUGUAUUACGGAAAUAACCCUUCUCACGGCACGGUUAGAGGUUCUUUGUAGUUAUAGCCCCUCCCAGGAGCUGCCUCCCAAGGGACAUUUCCUCUCCCAAGGGACAUUCCCUCUCCCAAGGGACAUUCCCUCUCGGAUUUGCUGCAGAUUCCCCUCAAGCCAUGAACCAAACCCUGCCCCAGUGCUGGUGGUGACUGCUGGUUCUCAGUCACCUGUGGAACUGUGGAUGCAUCCAGUGCCUUGAAGGACUGUUGUGCUGUAGGAGGAACUUCUGUCUCUUUAAUCAUUUCAUUGCUACUUAGGAGCAGUACUUACCCUGAUUUCAUAGUUAUUUGUAUUAACCUGCUUUGUUCAUGUGCAACUGGCAACUGUUUCACGAGGAAACCGUGGAAAUGGGGUUUGUGCUUUUGUUGAAAACGGUUGAAUUUUGAAAGAACUUUGAAACAGCUGUUUGGAUUCAGAAGUUGAGUGAACAUUUAUAAAAUUAAAGAUUGUUUUUUGUCAACUUAA